UGUCUGAGUUUGCGUAGUGAGGAGAUAAUGGAGGCCGUUAAGUGUGUCGGAGAAGUGUCGUUAUAUUGAAGCUGUCCUGUAGUUUAUUAUUCUUUUGUCUUUCUUUUUUGGUAUUUUAUUUAUAGAAAUAGCUGAAUAGACUGAAACGCGUCUCCUGAAAACCAUGCGCCGAAGCAAGGCCGAGGUGGAGUGCUAUAUUUCGGCGGUUCAGAGCGCCUCGCCGUCCCUGAAGGAGAAACCCGUGAAAGGAUUCUUAUUUGCAAAAUUGUAUUUUGAAGCAAAGGAGUAUGAGCUUGCUAAAAGGCAUGUGUCAGCCUAUUUGACAGUGCAGGAAAGAGAUCCCAAAGCACAUAAAUUUCUGGGCCAACUGUAUGAGAAAGAGGGAGACAUUGACAAAGCUGUGGGAUGCUACAAGAGGUCUGUUGACCUGAACCCGGCUCAGAAAGACCUAGUUCUGAAGGUUGCAGAACUGCUCUGCAGCAAGUCUGAGCCAGACAGCCGAGCCAAAUUCUGGGUAGACAAGGCAGCAAAGCUUCUGCCUGGAAGUCCAGCUGCCUUCAACCUCAAGGAGAAACUGCUUAGCAGGCAGGGCCAGCAGGGAUGGAACCAGCUGUUUGACCUCCUGCAGUCAGAGCUACAGCUGCGUCCUGAUGAUGUACACGUGAACAUCAGACUGGUGCUGCUGUAUUCCUCAGAUGGACAGCUGGAGGCAGCGGCCAGACAUUGUCUUGAUACUGAGAAGAAGGGACUCCUUCGUCAUAGCCUGGAUUGGUACUCAACUGUCGUGCAGACACUUCAGGAGUACACUGCGCAGCCCAGCGUGUCGGCCAACGCCGCAUGGUGUCGGGAGUUGCAGAGGGAGCUGCUGCUGGCACACUGCAGCCUGCUGAGGCUCACACUCUCAGAAAAGGGUGUGCAGCAUGGGGUAGAGGCCCUGCAGAGCUUUGAUCACGCCAUGCAGUCCGCAGAAAGGCUGGCCACAAACACCACGGAUGAGCUGUCUGAGAUAUUCUCGGAGCUGCGAGGCCACCUAUACAUGUAUGCUGGGGUGCUCCUGCUGAAGAUGGCGCACGACAAGAUGCAGCAGUGGAGGGCAGUGGUUGACCUGGCAGCCCUCUGUUACCUUCUGGCUUACCAGGUACCCAGGUCGAAGUGGAGGCCCUCCAAAGGCGACCAGUCUUUCCACCAGCUGCUUGACCACCUCGCUUGUGACCGCCAGAGUCAGUCGGGUCACAUGCUUCUGAACCUCAGUGGGCAGUGUGAGACCUUUGUGAAGGAUGUGGUGGAGGCCUUUGGCAACCGGAGUGGGCAGGGAAGUCUGUUUGAGAUGCUCUUUGGCAACUGGGCCGCCGUUGCCCCCUCCUUCAUUGGCAAUGAUGACGUCGCUAUUCUUGGCGCCCAGGUGCCCGAUAUGGCAGACCUCUUGAAGUGGGACAGUGGUGCGAUUCUGUACCAUUCGGGGGACCUGCAGCACCUAGCCUGGCUGGGUCUGCAGUGGACCUUAAUGGACCGGCAGGUGGCCCUCAGGGAUUGGCUGAUGCAGCUCUUCCCUCGGCUCACACUGGAAACCUCUAAGUUAGACACGGAUGCCCCAGAAUCCAUAUGUCUGCUUGACCUGGAGGUUUUCUUGUCUGGAGUUGUGUUUACCAGCCAUGCUCAGCUACAGGAGGUUUCCAGGAUUGCAGGCAGUUCCCAGCUACAUGAGCCCAGAUGUCUCCCACUGCCUAUUAUCAAGCUGCUGUCCACGGACAGGCAGAGGAGCUGGUGGGAUGCAGUGUACAAACUCAUCCACAAGAUGGCCCCGCCAGGGAUGUCUGCGAAAUUAAGGGUGACAGUCCAGCACGGUCUAAGCACCCUGAGAGCUGGAGAGAAACACGGCCUGCAGCCAGCAUUGAUCAUCCACUGGGCUCAGCACCUCAGUGAAAUGGGAGGUGGAUUAAACUCUUAUUACGACCAGAAAGAGUACUUUGGCCGCAGCGUUCACUACUGGAAGGCCGUGCAGCCGCUCCUGGAGAAAAUCAAGAGACGCAGGAGCAUUCCUGAGCCGCUCGACCCCAUGUUCCCGCACUUUCACAGUAAAGACAUUCAGGUCUCUGCUGUCAAAGGUUAUGAAGAUGAAGCCAGUAUUGCUUCAGCAUUGCAUCUUGAUAUUGAGGGCAAAACUGAAGAAGCAAUCACUGUGCUUGAGACACUCGACACUGUCUCCUCCAGCUGGCAUCUUGCCAGGAUCUUUCAGAGGCUUUCUGAAGAAGCGGGCAGUGGGUUGGAAGAAACCAAAGACCGGUGCAUCGCAUUCUUAAUGAGCUUCAGGAAACAAUUAAGGAGAAUUUCUCGUGCCAGUGCAUCAGAAACCGAAAAGCUUCCUGUUUCAAGGGAGGAGGUUAUGGACCUUCUGAAUGACGUGAACCAGCAGCUGGGGGAGACUGAGGCUGAUAUUGAAGGGGUUGGCAGAACUCGGCCAAUGCAAUCCAGCCCCUGUCAGAUGAGCCAGCUGACCGAGCCCAACAUGUCUGUCUCGCACAUCAAGUUCUCCAGUCCAUCCCCAAACAAGAGCAUGUCAUCGCCCUCUAAGAGACACAUGUUCUCUCCUAAGACGCCACCUUACUGGGUCGAGGACCAGAAAAAUCUCCUGCAGAUGCUCUGUCAGCAAGUGGAAGCUCUUAAGAAAGAGGUCCAUGACUUGAAGCGCAACUCUUCUGGGUCCAGAGUAUCCCCUCCUCACCCCAAGGCGUAUGGGGAUGGGUACAGUGCAGAAGCACUUCAAGACUCAUUCCCAGCAGCACAGAGCUUUCAUGGUGCACCUCUUACAGUGGCCACUACUGGUCCUUCUGUAUAUUAUAACCAAUCCCCUGCUUACAACUCACAGUAUCUUCUACCAGCAGCUACCAAUGUCACUCCAACCAAGGCUCCAGUAUACGGUAUCAACCGUUUCCCGCCACAGCAGCACAUGUAUGCCUACCAGCAGCCCACACAUACACCUCCUUUGCAGGCAACUCAACCUUGCAUGUAUCCCCAGGACCAAGUGUAUGGAGCUCCUCUGCGCUUUGAGUCUCCUGCCACUAGCCUACUUUCCCCAUACAGCGAGGAGUAUUAUGGCCAUGCAGUUCCUCAGCCCACCACCAAUCACCCACUACCUGAGCCUGGUUAUUUCACCAAGCCUUCUGUUCCUGUUCAGCCACCAAAAAAUAGCGAAACAAAGUCUGUGGACUUUGGCAAGAUGAGCUUUGGUCAAAAACUUCCCGUUGAAACUCCUAAGAUUCCUAGCUUUGGAGCAGGGGCAGUUGCCCAGUCAACACCUGUAACUGCAGCAUUCAAGUUCAACUCAAAUUUUAAAUCCAACGAUGGGGAUUUUACAUUCUCAUCCACUCAGGCAAAAAGUAACAGUGAAAGCCUGUUAGGACUCCUGACAUCUGACCUUCCCCCUAGAGCCGAAGGAUCUUUAGGACAAAAGACUCCAACUCAAGACCAGGCACAGAAUCAGGGUGGAUUCAUCACCUUUGGUAAUAAAGGUGGUGUCCCUAACUUUUCCUUUGCGGAUGUAUUUCAGAACCAGAAUAAGUCUCAUCCUUCUGGGAAAACUCAGCCAUUUAGUUUUGAUGGAGCCAAGUCAGUUUCCAGCAUGACAGCCAAGGAUGCGCAUGAAGAAAAAGAUGUUGAAAGCGACAGUGAAAGCACUCGUGUUGAGGAAGAUGAAGAUGGCCCUCACUUUGAGCCCAUUGUGCCCCUACCUGAUAAAGUGGAUGUUAAAACAGGUGAAGAGGAUGAAGAGGAAAUGUACUGCAACAGAGCAAAAUUGUUCCGCUUUGAAACUCAAACAAAAGAGUGGAAAGAGAGGGGGAUUGGCAGCAUUAAAAUCCUGAGGCACAGGGCAUCAGGCAAGGUACGCUUGCUAAUGAGAAGAGAGCAAGUGCUAAAAAUUUGCGCCAAUCACUACAUCACUGCAGAUAUGGUAUUAAAGCCUAAUGCUGGUUCUGAUAAAUCCUGGGUUUGGUAUGCGAUUGAUUAUGCAGAUGAAAUGCCCAAGCAUGAGCAGCUGGCCAUCCGGUUUAAAACUGCAGAUGAAGCAGCCCUUUUUAAGGCCAGGUUUGUGGAGGCCCAAGAGGUGGUGUCAAAGUCUCCUCAGAAACAGGAACAACCAGCUGACAAAGAACUUUCUUCAAAGACCUCUCCUUCAAAACCAAGAGGCAAAGAAGUAGGGUUUGGACUUCAGUUUGCAAAGAAAGAAGGGGAGUGGGACUGUGAUGUAUGCUGUGUGAGGAAUAAGCCUACCGCAGUUCAGUGUAUUUCCUGCCAGAGCCCUAACCCAAAUGCUAAACCGCAGCUGGAUUCAGCCACUAAGGGAUUUUUAGAAUCCACCUCGGGGUUCAGUACUCCGAAGAACACAAGCUUUAGCUCUAGCGCACCCGCUUUUGGGUCAUUUGCUCCAUUGCCUACAUCUUUUAAGUUCGGGACAAGCAGUCCUGCUGCCAGCCAGUCAAGUUUUGGUGAUGUGUUUGCCAAGAAGGAAGGGGAAUGGCACUGUGAAGUCUGCCUAACUAAAAAUGCUGCAGCAGUAGCAAAAUGUGCGUCAUGUCAGGCCCCCUGUAAAGUACAGGGUGACAUGGCAACUGCUUUGGGGUCUGGGGAUUGUAGUACACGCCCAGUUAAAAAUGAGUCCUCCUCAAAUCCUGAUGCUAAAGGCACAGUUACAGCUACACCAUCGGUUUCUGCCUUUAAUUUCAACUUUGGUGGUAAAAAGUCAGUACCCCAACCUCUAGCCACUGGGUUUCAGACAACUUUCAAUGCUAGCAGUACCUUUACGUUUGGCCAAGCUGAAGACAGCUCCACUCCACUGUCAUUUAAGUUUCAGGCACCUUCACCUCAGGUGGAUAUUAAAACUCCCAAUAUGGGCUUUUCCUUUUCAAUGCAAGUACCUGCUCACGGAUUUAAGUUUGGUACUCAAGAACCGGCUAAACAAACCUCUCCAGCUGAAAGUCAAGAAAGUGGAGGAUCUGCUUCUGCGUUCCUGAAAAAUAUAGCUGAACAGCACAAAGAGAAGGAGUGUAGUACGGAAGUAUCCAGCUCUGCACAAACAGUCGAUAAGCCUGAACAAGAUGACAACCCCCUGUUUUCUGGGAAGAUAAACGCAUUUAGUUUUGCAGACUUGGCGAAAUCCUCACAGGGCGAGUUUCAGUUUGGUCAGAAGGAUCCCAAUUUCAAAGGUUUCUCCCGUGCUGGAGAGCAGCUGUUUUCCUCGUUUCAGCCUGAGACAAAAGCAGACACCUCUUCAGAUCAAAAUGAGGAGGGUAUGUACAAAACCGAGGAAAAUGAUGAUAUUCAGUUUGAGCCUGUAGUUCAGAUGCCUGACAAAGUGGACCUUGUCACUGGAGAGGAGGAUGAAGAAGUGCUUUAUAGCCAGCGUGUCAAGCUCUUCCGAUUUGAUCCUGCUGCUAGUCAGUGGAAAGAACGAGGUGUUGGCAAUAUUAAAUUCCUUAAGAACAAUCAAAAUGGAAAACUAAGAGUACUCAUGAGAAGAGAUCAGGUCCUCAAAGUAUGUGCCAACCAUUGGAUCACCACUACUAUGAACUUGAAGCCCCUUUCUGGGUCAGAUAAGGCUUGGAUGUGGCUAGCUAAUGACUUCUCCGAUGACGAUGGCAAGUUAGAGCAACUUGCAGCUAAAUUCAAGACAUCAGAGUUAGCAGAAGAAUUUAAGCUGAAGUUUGAGGAAUGUCAAAGGCUACUUUUAGACAUACCUUUGCAGACCCCUCAUAAGCUUGUUGAGAGUGGGAGAACUGCUCAUCUUAUUCAGAAAGCUGAGGAGAUGAAGUCUGGUUUGAAAGAUCUGAAAUCGUUCUUGACAGAUGAAAAACCAAAGCUCAAAGAAACUGAAGGUCGUGUCAGCACAACUGCUGAUAGUUCAAGCUUUAAAAUGAAUGCAGAGGUUACUGGUACUACUUUGGAGUGGGAUAACUAUGACUUGCGAGAAGAAACCCAUGACAAUAGUACAGACACCUCAGUCUAUGCUUCUCCAUUAGCAAGCAGUCCUGUUCAAAGAAAUUUGUUCCGGUUUGGAGAAUCAACUUCUGGUUUCAGCUUCAGUUUCCAGCCUAUUCUAAGUCCAUCCAAAUCCCCCACAAAACUGAAUCAGAGCAGAGGUUCUGUUGGUACUAAUGAGGACUCUGACGUGACUCAGGAUGAAGAGAGAGAUUGCCAGUACUUUGAGCCAGUAGUUCCUUUACCUGAUCUUGUAGAAACAUCUACUGGUGAGGAGAACGAGCAAGUGGUGUUCAGCCACAGAGCCAAACUGUAUCGUUAUGAUAAAAACUUAAGUCAAUGGAAGGAGAGGGGCAUCGGAGACAUCAAAAUCCUACAAGACUAUAGUACAAAGCGUGUGAGACUUGUCAUGAGGCGGGAUCAAGUGCUAAAACUGUGCGCCAACCACUGGAUUAGCCCCAAUAUGAAGCUUGAACCAAUGAGUGGAACAGAAAGGGCAUGGAUUUGGAGUGCUAUGGAUUUUACAGAGCCUGAAGGGAAAAUGGAACAAUUGGCUGUUCGUUUUAAGCUUCAAGAAGUAGCCAACUCCUUUAAAGAGAUUUUUGAUAAGGCUAAGAACGUUCAGGAGAGUCAGUCUUUGAUCACUCCUGUCUCCCCAAGAGAAACCACCCCACGUGAAACUCGCUGUGGUGAAGCUGCUAUUGCUGUUCUUGAAGAGAUCAUUAGGGAACGCACUGACUUGACUCCUCAGAGUUGCCACUCCAUAGAGAGUACUGCCUCUACUGCAAAAGUAGUAGUUUCUCCACCAAAAUUUGUUUUUGGGUCUGAUUCUGUCCAAAAAAUCUUUGGAAGCCCUCCAUCUUCUAAAGAAAAGGUGCCUAGUGUGAAGAUUACCACCACGAAGAUGACCGGCGCCAGCUCAUCAGCUUGUAAGGCUGAUGGCACACUGUCCCAGCCUAUUCCAGUCCAAAGGUCCCCGUUUAAAGUUCCUGAGAGAGGAUUGGAUUUUAGGCUUUUCAAAGAUAACCCUAUGGCUUUUUGGACCAGCACAUCAUUCAACCAAUUUGAACCCCAAGCUACUGCCGGUCAGGUGGCAAAAGAAGCAUUUGCGAGAGGGGAUGCUGUAGAAUCUGCUGAUCCUGAAGAGGUCCAAGUUGUUUUUGCGCGGGAACCUACGGCUGAGCAGAAGAAACUGGCCCAAGACCUUAUGCUGCCCCUCACCUUCUUCUGCUACCAGAACGACCCUAGCUACUGCAGUGAUGACCAGGAGGAUGAUGAAGACUUUGAAACUGCCGUGAAGAAACUUAACGGGAAGUUGUAUCCUGACUCGCCUCAGGACACAAGAGCCACAGUGUCUCAGCCUCGCUUGCAAGAGAAGGACCCUGAUUGUCUUGUCAUUUGGGAGAAAAAACCAACCCCUCAGGAAGAGCAGAAGGCGCGACGUCUCCAGCUUCCUCCCACCUUCUUCUGCGGUCUCGGUAGCGACACAGAGGCCGAGAAGGAUAAGACAGAGGACUUCGAAACCGAAGUCAAACGAGUACAAGAAGAGAUGCAGAAGCAGAAGGGAGCCGUGAAUGUGGAGGCUACUAUCUCCAGCAGCAUUAGCACCAGCGCAGAUGGCAGCUCCUCUGUGGUGCCUGUCCUUGAAUGUCGGCCAGAUUUCUCUAGUGCUGCCCUGCCUGUCCUUAGUCCAAUCGAUCUGUCCACCAAGAAGAGUGGAGAGCCGGACUCUGGCAGCUCUGAACCUUUUGGAUUUCAUUCUGCUGGUGGGUUUUCAUUCGCAGACCUGGCUAAAAGUUCUUCUGAAUUUGCAUUUGGGAAAAAAGAUUCAAACUUCACCUGGGCGAAUACUGGAGCUGCAGUGUUUGGGGCAGCUACUAUGCCCCAAAAGGAGGGGGAGGAUGAGGCCAGUGGUGAUGAAGAUGACACCAGCAAUGUGGAAAUUCACUUUGAGCCUGUUGUUUCAUUGCCAGAGGUGGAGACCAAGUCUGGUGAAGAAGAUGAGGAGAUCCUGUUUAAGCAGCGGACUAAGCUGUACCGCUGGGACAGAGACCUGAACCAGUGGAAAGAGCGCGGUGUAGGUGACAUCAAGAUCCUCUUCAAUCCUCACAAGCAUUACUACCGGGUGCUUAUGAGACGUGAACAGGUGCUCAAAGUGUGUGCCAACCACACCAUCACCAAGGCCAUGGACCUCAAACCCAUGAAUAUCUCCUCUAAUGCUUUUGUUUGGACUGCCACGGACUAUGCAGAGGGUGAGGCAAAAGUCGAGCAGCUGGCUGCCAAGUUCAAGACUCCAGAGCUGGCUGAGUCUUUCCGGAAGAAAUUUGAGGAGUGCCAGAAUCAAAUAUCCCAGGAGGAGACUUCCCUGUUGUCCUGUGUGCAAGAGUUGUCCCAAGAGAGCAACCCAGUGGUGUACUUCACGAUCUCUGCAGACGACCAGACACUGGGCAGGCUUACCAUGGAGCUCUUUGCCCAUAUUGUCCCCAAGACUGCAGAGAACUUCAGGGCACUAUGCACUGGAGAGAAGGGUCUUUCUUACCGCAACUCCAUUUUCCAUAGGAUCAUCCCUGAGUUCAUGUGUCAGGGAGGUGACAUCAUCAAUCAAAAUGGCACUGGUGGAAAGUCCAUCUAUGGGGACAAGUUCGAGGAUGAGAACUUCGACGUGAAGCAUACAGGGCCUGGUAUACUGUCCAUGGCAAACCGGGGCCGGGACACCAACACCUCCCAGUUCUUCAUCACACUGAAGAAAGCAGAACAUCUGGACUUCAAGCACGUGGCAUUUGGUUUCGUUAAGGAUGGAAUGGAUGUACUAAAUCAGAUGGGAAGUCUGGGCUCUGACAAUGGCACACCAAAUAAAAAGAUAGUCAUUUCUGAUUGUGGACAGCUUUAGUAAUUAGCUGAAUGAGCAUUUUGCUAAAUCAACACUUAGGGCUCUGUGUCCCUUUUUGUCAAUUUCAGAUGUAUUUGUGUGUAAAAUGUAUAUGGAUCACUAUUUUUUAUAAUUAGGUUUAAUUGCAUGUUGUAAUAAGGCCGGAGAUAAGUUGUUCAGAAUCUCCCUAAUCUUGUUGAAGUCUUAAUGCAUUUCAAUUAAAGGAUGAAACUGCUUUUGAGGUUGAAACUUGA